UGGAGUUUGCUAAUUUCCUUGUUUCCCUCUCUACAUCUUCGUGUUACAUUGCUACAGCGUUGUCUUGACAUUAUUAGUCUCUGAGCUGGUGGUACUGAGUUUGGAAAGCUUUCAUGCACUUCAUCUUUGAAUUGCACAUGCUUUUUCUGUCAUUUUUAAGGCUCUCUUCUGCUUCGGAGGAACCGUGUUCUGACAUGCUGGAGUUUGCUGGUGGUAAAUAUUUCCUUUGACUACAAAGUGCAUGUGUGAAAAAGGCUUUUUUUUUUUUCUUUUUUUUUUUCGUGGAAAUACCUUUCUUUCUCGCUCGCUUCUUUCUCUGCUGUUAUUAAUAACCUGUACACGAGUUUAACCCGGAGGUCUGAGUGAAAUAGCACUUUCGGAUCUAUACUUUCAGCCACACCACGCUGAGGAAAGUACAGAGCUCUGUAUAUGCGUGUGUGAGAGGGAUUCAUGCCAUGUGCAUGACAGUUUGCAUACCAGACUCGGUGACAAAGUAGGGACCACAGGUGAGUCCCAAAGAGGUCUGCUUUUGCCGUGAGGAUUUUUCCAGCCCCUAACCACAGAGGAGAAGUAUUCAGCUCUCCAAUUGCUCCCCAGAGUUGGCGGCUGUGGUUUGUUUCAACCGAAAAGAAUCAAGAAUAGAAAAUGACACGUAAUAAAAAGUCCCCGGCCAAAGCAGCCGUCUGCGCUGCGGCUCCUCUCAAAUAAGCGCUCCCCCACGGGCUGAGCUCUCGGUGCCCAGGCAGAGAGAAAGGGCUGCAAAGGGUUAAAAGCCGCUGACUCGCUUGCUUAGGCAAAGUUUGAGGAAGAAUAUGUCUGAGGCUGAGUACGCUGCAGCCCCGCGUUUGAAAUCUGUCACCCUCACUUAGGAGCUCCGCAUCUCGGGUUGUCACCGGUGAAUAAUGAUCACACGGCGAUAAGAUCGCUCGGUGGCGUUGCGCCGGAGCCGCCGGGGGAAAUAGAAGAAAGGAAAUUACGAGGCGUUUAACCGCUUUAGCAGGGUGUUCUUCAGUGUCAUCGGUGGGUGUCAGGGUCAAAUGACCGGCUGGACAAGCAGCUUGGAAAGAAAAUUUCCUUCCUCCUUUCCUUGAGAGAAACCUUGGGUGAUGGUGACCAUUGGCAGCUAUGGAAAACAGAGACCUUGGUGGUGAGCCCUAAAAUAAUACCAUGCCGGAGCCCAGCUGUUCUGCCACCUUCUCCCCUUUCAACCUGCCGGACCCGGUGGGCUUUGGGUGACCUACCGAGGAGGACCCACCUCCGCAGGAGCAGGCAGGCCAGAUCCGGCAGAUAGCUGGUAUGAGGACUUUGCUGACUUCAGAAAGCUGAGUGUAACACCAAAAGACUUCAGAGAAAGGAAAUAUUAUCCCUCGAAGCAACUCAUACACAGACAACUUUUGGUAGCUUUAAACUAACCUGUUGCUGACCUGCAAAGACACAGCUAUUCUUUCUUUCAGCACACAUGGAGGAAGGCAACAAACUUUGUAAUCCUGGCUAAUAAGACUGUGGCUUUCUUGUCAAAAGUAGGAGGUAGGCCAAUUAUAAAAGGAUUAUUUUAUACUAAGCCUCCAGGACUUUGACACUGGCCUGAGUACUGGACAUUAAUAGAAGUCAAUUUUAAUGACCAGAGAUUUUGCUACCUGUGCUUUAUUAUUGUUAUUAGUUCUUUAACAUUUUGGUACUUUAUUUCUUUAAAUUAGAAAUGGGUUCGUGGACUAGAAUGUGGCCCACAGAUUGGGCCGUUCUCAUGAAAUCAUGGCUUAUCUUUUCCCUGGGGGUCUACAUGCAGGUGUCCAAAACUUUCGCCUGCCCAAAAGUGUGCCGCUGUGACCGGAACUUUGUCUACUGUAAUGAGCGAAGCUUGACCUCAGUGCCUCUUGGGAUACCGGAGGGUGUAACCGUCCUCUACCUCCAUAAUAACCAAAUUAAUAAUGCUGGAUUUCCUGCAGAGUUGCACAAUGUCCAGUCUGUGCACACAGUCUACCUGUAUGGCAAUCAAUUGGAUGAAUUCCCCAUGAACCUACCCAAGAACGUCAGGGUUCUUCACCUGCAGGAAAACAACAUUCAGACCAUUUCUCGGGCUGCCCUUGCUCAGCUUUUAAAGCUGGAAGAGCUGCAUCUGGAUGAUAACUCCAUCUCCACUGUUGGCGUUGAGGAUGGGGCAUUCCGGGAAGCCAUCAGCCUCAAGCUUCUGUUCUUGUCCAAGAAUCACUUAAGCAGCGUACCAGUAGGCCUUCCAGUGGACUUACAAGAACUUCGAGUAGACGAAAACCGAAUUGCUGUCAUUUCAGACCUGGCCUUCCAGAACCUUACAAGUCUGGAGCGUCUGAUUUUGGAUGGCAAUCUCCUUACUAAUAAAGGCAUAGCUGAAGGCACUUUCAGCCACCUCUCCAAGCUCAAGGAAUUCUCAAUAGUGCGGAAUUCACUGACCUACCCUCCUCCUGAUCUUCCAGGUACACAUCUGCUAAGGCUCUACUUGCAGGACAACCAGAUAACCCAUAUACCACUUACAGCCUUUUCAAACCUCCACAAGCUGGAACGUCUUGAUAUUUCCAACAAUCAACUUCGGAUGUUGGUAAAGGGGGUGUUUGAUAAUCUCCACAACCUGAGGCAACUCACUGUAAGGAAUAAUCCCUGGUUGUGUGACUGCAGUAUUAAGUGGGUCACUGAAUGGCUCAAAUUUAUUCCAACUUCCAUCAAUGUACGGGGUUUUAUGUGCCAGGGACCAGAGCAGGUCCGGGGUAUGGCAGUCAGGGAGCUCAACAUGAAUAUGUUGUCGUGUCCCACCACCACCCCUGGUCUGCCACACAUCAUCACCCCAGUCCCAGCUACAGCCAUGCCAACUACAUUAGUUCCCACCUCAUCAGUUCCUCCCCCAAGUAGCAAAUACAAUCCUCUCACUCCCACCAUAGCCACACUCCCCACUGUGCCUGACAGGGAGGACGGAGAAAGAGUGACACCUCCUAUAUCCGAACGGAUUCAGCUCUCCAUCCAUUUUGUGAAUGACACUUGCAUCCAAGUUAACUGGAUGUCUCUCUUUACCGUGAUGGCAUAUAAACUCACAUGGGUUAAAAUGGGCCAUAGUCUGGUAGGAGGAAUUGUUCAGGAACGAAUAGUUAGUGGUGAGAAGCAACACUUAAGCUUGGUAAAUCUGGAGCCCAAAUCCACCUAUCGGAUUUGUUUGGUUCCACUGGAUACUUACAACAAUUAUCGAACUGGAGAAGACACUGUCUGUUCAGAAGCCACAACCAAGGCUUCCUUUUUGAGCAAUGGCAGCAACAUCCCCUCCAGCCAUGAGCAGACGACUUCUCAGAACCUGGGCUCCCCAUUUCUGCUGGCAGGGUUGAUUGGGGGUGCAGUGAUAUUUGUCCUCGUGGUCCUGCUCAGUAUUUUUUGCUGGCAUAUGCACAAAAAAGGGCGUUACACCUCCCAGAAGUGGAAAUACAACCGGGGCCGUCGGAAAGACGACUACUGCGAGGCAGGGACCAAGAAGGACAACUCCAUCCUGGAGAUGACGGAAACCAGCUUCCAGAUUGUCUCCUUAAAUAAUGAUCAGCUCCUUAAAGGAGAUUUCAGACUGCAGCCCAUUUAUACCCCAAACGGGGGCAUUAACUACACAGACUGCCAUAUCCCCAAUAACAUGCGAUACUGCAACAGCAAUGUCUCAGACCUGGAGCACUGUCAUACGUGAUAGUGAGGGGACAUGGGGGUGUCUAGGACAAAGAGAAAAAACUCUGGAAAAAAAUAACCCCCCAACAACAAUGAAAAAAUUACAUUUGAUAAAUGUUACACAGAUGCAUUUAUGCAUUUGAAUACUCUGUAAUUUAUACGGUGUACUAUAUAAUGGGAUUUAAAAAAAGUGCUAUCUUUUCUAUUUCAAGUUAAUUGCAAAUGGUUUUGUAACUCUUUGCUUUUUAAAUCUUUAAAAAUAUUGCUAAGUACUGUACAGGGUUGUACAAUAAGAACCCAAUGUCAUGGCAAAGGAAAGAAUGACUCAUUCUUCAAACAUUAACCACUUUGCUGUCGAAGCUGUCUGAGGGAUGUUAAGUUUCUAGGUGUCCUGUAGUACAGGAAAAUAAGUGCAUAUUAAAACAGGGUCACUAGGAACGGACAAAAGCAAUUCAGAUAAAAUGGGUGCAAACCUUCUGACUUGAAUCCGACAGUUGCUGUUGAGCUUCAAACAACUGGAAAUACUUCUGUUCCCCUUUGUCAGUUCAGCAUUUCCUACCUCCAACUGAAAGCUGGAGUUCUGAGUGCUACCAAAAAGGCUACUCAUUUGAUUAGUUUUCUCCCAGUAUAUUAGGAAUAGGAAAGGUAGACAGAGCUCUGUGUCAAACUCAAAGUGACCUUGCUUCCAAUUUGCAAACGCUACUCUGAAAAUGUCCCCCAAUACUAUAUACUUUUAUGAUAGAAACUGUUCUUGCUUUUCAUUAUGAUUAAGAAGCUUUAGGCAUUCUCUGACCCUUCUCAGUGGGAGAUGAAGGUUAUCAGUAUGUAACAGAUAGCUGUCAUUAAGUUGCACCUCUCUUUAAUAGAGCAGCAUUUGUUGACACAGCAUGUUCAGGUAAAACCUGAAUGAGGGAAAUUCUGAGUGCUCCCAGCUCUGCAGUAUUCAUGUAGAAUUUGGAAUCUAAGAGUGUAUAUUGCUAAAAAUGGGAUGCAAAAUAUGAUGCCAAUGGAAAGAUUGCUAUUGACUUUUAUGGUUGAAGUCCUGUUUGAUUUAGGGGUCUGAGUUACAUUCUGUAUGGAGAAGUAGGAAAAAUAAGACAAACAAACAGGGAAAACAAGUAAGAAAGAUCUUAAAAAAAAAAAAAAUUAUUAUUGGAAAGGCCUCCAGGCCUAUAUGAACUGAAAUAUGUUUAGCAGGGAAAAUUGUGUAUAAAUCCUGGUUGGGUUUUUUUUUUUUUUUCCUUCCCCGCCCCCCCUUUUCUUCCCAGUCAAGUAUACAGAAGCAGACAUUAACUAAGCAUUUGAUUAGCUGAGGAAUUCUGAGAACACAAGUCCCUCUGAAUUACCAUUCUUUUAUCUUAAGCUUUUGGAAUUUUUCCACAGUGAUCUGUGCUUUAUAAGCAGUAGGUGGGCUUAGAAUUUGCUUUUUUAUUCCAUCAAAUUCUUUAGCUGGAAUACCUUGUGAGUCCUUGAGCUUUACAUGCAGUAUGCAAAAUAUCAUGCUUGUAUUAAAACCAUGAUGCUGCUCUCAAAAUUAUAUAAUGUUCCAGCCAUUCCAUUGACUUUGUGAUUGUCAAGAACUCUGGAUUUCUUGCCAGCUCAGUGGUGGAAUCUAAUUCUUCCUUUCUUUCAGUUUGUUUGUUUUUUAAUGCAGCUCAUUUUCUCCUAAGCUUGGGGACAAGCAAAAAUUCACAACAAAGAGAAAAAAAAAAGAGAGAGACAAAAUUUCCUGAAGGAGUAGGGAACCAAAGAGAAAACUUCUUACAGUGACCAACUAGGGACAAGGAGAAGUUGUUAGAAGCGGAUUGGAAGUAAAGGCUGAAGCACUUUCACUGUGGAAUGCUUGGACUUUUCACUGCUGCUUAUGUUGGGAGAGAGGGUUUUAAUCCUUUCCUUUGCUCAUUUCACUUAACCCAUUCUUGAAACCCAGCAGUCUAUGAGUAUGCAGUUUCUGAAAUUCAAAUUGCAUGAUAACACUCAUUUUCUGCAAUGACAAAUGAAUCCAGUUAUGAUUGAUUGCAAAGUACAAUCAUUGUAUAAGGAAACAGAUCCUUCCCCCAACACCUUUUAUAAUCACAUUUUGAAAUUCCACUCUAUAUUCUGUAUAUUUGCUAUUUUCUCCAGCGAUAACAGGUAUUUUAGGCAACCUGUGUGGCUACUGUAAUAGUAAAGUCACUGAAAUUUUGCUGAAUAAAAGGCUGCCAUAUGAUUUCAAAUGGUGUAAUUCUAGGUAGAAAUGUCUAUGCAAAGUGUUUUUUUUCUGUGACCUAUUUACUGAAGAUUAUGAUGAGAAGGUUGAUACCUUUGUUUUGUUUGUUUAAUAUGUUUUAGGUGCCAAAGCCCACAAGACAAGCAGUAAGUAGUUGUGCUUCUGCACGCUUCCAUUGCAUGCUGGAGUUUGUUUGAAAUUAAGUAGAGCCAGAGAUUCCCAUUGGGUGUUGAUGUAGUAUUUAAUUUCACUGAACUAACUAGCUGUAUGUUUGAUUUCAAAAGGCAUCCUUUGAAAGUACAUGCUUACUAGAAUUUUGUACUUCAAUGACUGAUGCUGGAGGAAUCUUUGUCCUUGAUGAACAUCUUCUGUUCUAGGCCUCAGGAUACCAUAGUUUCAUGAUGAGCUAGGCGCCUUAUUUGUAGGAAAUGACUUAUUCAGGGAGUUCAGCCGUACUGCAGGUGAAUGAUCCACAAGUCCAAACUGAUGACAACAAACGUGGUUACUGUCCUAAUAGGGGGAAAGCAGAAGGCAUUCACAAACUGUUCCUUUUGAUCUCGGAUGAUGAAAUGUGUAUAUAUCUGUCUGUGAACUAUUACUCGCUUAUCUAGAUCAAAAAUCAAAAUCAUAUUAAAGAUAGCAUAGUUUAUGCUUCUUUUCAGUAUGAAGAAGAAUAUAUAUAUAUUUAUACAGGAUUCUGACAAAAUUUCUUUUCUAUAAAUACUCUUCUGAAAAAAAGUAGCAAGCCACUUAUAUCAAAAUUUGUGGAUAGAGCUGGGAGCAUUGCCUAAACAAAUUCACAGUUGUAGUCAAGUGAAAGGUCAUAUGUUUCAUUUGAAGAAUGUUUCUGCCAAUUCUAAUUGCUAUCCAGCUGCAAAAGAGUUAAUGUAUUUCAACCUACAACAGAGUUUGGGACUUUUCAAAUGCCAGUCACGCAAACAGCUGAGACUUUUUUUCAAGUCACACCUAGAUAAGUACAUAACCAGCAAUUUUCACUGGGUAAAGUAUUUGAAAAAAGUAGAGUUAAAAUUGGAAAAUGAUCUUUUGGCAAUGUAAAGUUUAUGAUUAGUAGCUUUUUCCCUGGGCUUUGUAAAAAGGGGGUCAUCUUCACUUACUACAAAUAUCUGACCACAGAUACUAACUAAAUGUUAUAGAGCAAAAGUCCCAAAUGUGUGCAUAUAUGACUCAUACGAAAUGUUCACUUCCAGGUCCUGAUUUGAACAGGUUCAUUUGACCUAGGGGCAAAUGAGUGGUUUACAGACAAAAUCUCAUCCAUCUUCCAUUGUAUACUGCUAAUAGCUCACAUAAAUGUACAGAGAAAGAUUUGUGAGUGGAAUAAUAUAAGAGUUUAAAUGAAAUUAUGUUAAAGGGAAAUUAUGACAACACUGCUGUGUCCAGUGCUUGGAUUCCUUCUGAAGACCUAUUUAUGUACAAACAAGUCCCCAUUUUCACAGAUUCUGUCAUUAUAACAGGUGUUCCUUGCAUGUAGCUUGCUGGCAGAAACAAACACCUGAUGAAUGCAUGGACUUUGUGUUAACAGGUUCUUAUUGGAGACAUUAUUAUUUAAUUUCUUCAUAAGAAUAUUUAGGGAUUGGGUUACUUCGGACCAAACAGAUACUAGCAGUUUUCCCUGUAAGCCAAUAAAGGACUAAAAUGGAUGUCAAGUAAAACAGAAAAAUGAAGCAGCAUAUGCUAUUUGCUACUAGCGUAGUUCAACUAUAUUUUUCUCUCAAUCACAUUUUCUCUUUUUGUGAGAGAAAAUUUCUCCCUCUGAGAAAUGUAUCAAUUUUAAUGUUGCAAGCAAAAGAACUUUAUGCAUAUUGUAUUGUUGUUAUGGUUUUAAGGGUCUACAUAAGGCACUUUAUUAAUGACAUUGCAGUGAAAUUUCAGUCUCAGCUUUUGACAGUGAAGUGGUUAAUUCCCAUUGAAUUCUCCAUUUAUAGUACUUUUCACCUUAAAUUAUAACAUGGAGAUAUUAAAGUUUUUUUCUUUAGAACAUGAGAAUAAUGGUUUUACUCAUAACCUAUCUUUCCAGCUCAGUGGAAAAACAAAACAGAAAUGAGUGCCAAAACCAAAAGUUACUGGCUCUGAGCCUCAACAAAUCCUGCCUGAUGCUCUCUUUUAAACACAAAGAUAAUCCUAAGAAGCUGAUGAUCACUCCUUCCCUGAACUCUACUGAACAGGGCACUUUGUAUCCCAGAUGAUACUACAGGCAAUAUUGAAACAUUUGGCAUUAAACUUUUGUACAGCAGAGAAUGUCUUGCUCUUUAAAAGGAUGCUGGCUAGUAGUCCAUCUGGAAAACUAGUACAAAAGAGAUUUGGCAGACUGUGAUACUGGGGCUCUGUGGAAAUGUGCCUCACGAGAGCUGAAUUCUGAUCGUCUCAGAAGCAGAUAAGCUACUAAAAAAAUUGUUGUCAUCACUUGUGCCCAAAUAUUUGAAGGUGAUCUUUCAUAAAAUUGAUUUUAACUGAGACAUGCACACUUGAUUCUGUUAUGUGUUUGGUAUACUUUCUAUCUUUAACAUGGAAAAAUAGAUGGUUUGAAGUCUGCAUUAUCUGUUUUCUGCAAUCUGCCAUGUUGCACGCAUUGUUAACUUCAAAACCUCACUAUACACUAUAUAUUAUCUUGUUGACAUAUUCAGUAAAGAGUUAUUUAAAAAAAUACAACAAUCCUGCUGUAUUUAUAUGAGCAAGUUAAUUAAAAUAAGGAUGUGACUAUCUGAAAGGCAAAACAGAAAAACAAUAGUUUCAUGUACAAAAUGUACUUUCACUCCUGGAAAUAUUUUCAAAUGUUCUACUGUAUAUCUACCCUCUCUUCAGUUUCUAAAGAACAAAUAUUUUCGUCUUCUGUCUCUCAAAGAGUUAAACCAUUUGUUUUCAAUUUAUUAGAUUUAAUCUUAUCUUUAUAAGAUUAUUUCAUUCUGAUAUGCAUAUAGGAAAGCCCUGUAAAACAAGAACAGAUUGGUAUCAGUGUUUGCAAUUAGUAGGUACACUUAAGCAGCUACACACGUCUAUAACGAAUAUAUAUGUGGAAACUGUGACCCUUUGUAUGCUUAGUAAUUUGACAAAUGCAUUUGUCAUUCAUCCUUGACAGUCUUAACCUGCUUUUUUAGCUAUUAUUAUCUAUUUAAUCUGUUUCCAUGAAAUGAAAGGUGAAUUUUUUCAGCCCCCCUUCAAAAUUGUUCUUGAAUUUUCAAAAUGCACAACAUUCAGACAUAGGCCUUAAUAAAUUUUUGUAGAUUUUAUACCUAACAUAAAUGAUAAUAUAUACAGUAUAUAUAAAGACAUGCUUUAGCUACUUAGAAAUGAAAAUUACCCCUCUUCUAGUUACAUAUACAAGAACUGAUUUUUGGCUUUGAUGGAACCUGAAAUGUUGAAUGUACAAGCUGUGUCACUUCAAAGCUUAGAAAUGUAGUAUUGCUGAGUGUCACAAUUCCUCUAUAAAUUAUCUUAUUCUCUUCUUAACCCUAUAUAUCAAAUAAAACUACCGAAAGCUGCUGUGCAAUACAUCCACAUCUAGGCCCACUGUUCCUUAAAAUGCUUCCCUGAACUUAAAGUUUCUUCAGACCAGAUUAGAUGCUGGUAACUGAACCUUAUUGCCUUACCACAGGAAGGUGGACAAUCAACGUAAAGUGAAUGAUAAGCACUUGCAAUCAUUUAUGCAUUUUGCUUUCUCUCAAAAAAAAAAAAAAGACAAACACUGACUACAUCAGAUAUUUUAGUAACUCAAAACGAUUUAUCUUAGCACAGAUCGAUCUUCGUAUUUACUUUUUAUAUUUCUAAGCUCAGUUAUCUGGAGGUGUUCACACACACGUGUGUGUGUCUGUAAGGUACUGGGGUUGUGUAUAGAGGAUUUAGCUACAAGGAACUCCCAAAGCAAGCACAUCGAGGAGUAUUUUUCACUAUUGUUCAGUCAGUAUUUUUCAAUAUUUCACUUAAAAAGGAAUUCUACCUAAGAAUAGUUAUGGUGCCACAUGGAGACAUUACAUUUGGUCAUUAAAGUAUGAAACAAAUGUUUUAAUUCUACUUGAAGCACCGCUGUUACUGAAGGCUUAAACUAAAAACCACAAAAAUACUUCUAUUACACAGGUAGAGACUUGGUGAAGUAACAAUAAUUUGCAUUCCUAAAGCAAAUUAUUAUACUGUUAUGGUGAAAUCCUGACCCCAGUGAUUUCAACUAUAAACCAAAAUAUUUAUAGGAAUAAUUUAUAUAUCAGGAGGAUUAUAAAAACAUCCAGUAUGACACAUUGUAUAAUAUGUCACACUCUGUAUAUCCAAAUGAAAUGCAUCAAUUGAGAAGGAAGUAGGUCUAUGUAUCUCUGUGGAAAAGCUAGGGGAACGGUGAAACAGACUUUACAGAAAAUGAGGGGAGAGAGAAAUAUGUACUGAGCAAAAUUGUCCAAUGUAAAGCCACACAAGAUACGGACAUUUAAAGCCACAAACAGGUCACUGAGCAUAGCAGGAAUUUUCUUUGACACAUAAACACACACAUUUUCUGCUUACAACUCUGUAUUGUGGGUAACACAUGACUGCAAAAGUGCAUGUGUGAAUAUUACAAGUUUAUAGUAUAGUUACACUUCUGUGGGGACAUCUUAUACAGAAUAAGAAUAAUCUUGAAUCUAGGCACUGGCUCUAUUAUUUACCUUCCUCUGUAUAGAAAGGACUCAUGUACAGAAGGAAGUAAAAAAACAACAAAAGUCAAGAUGAUUACACUAUGCUGAUUUUCUAAGUGUAGAAUGCCUUGAAGAAUGAAGACAGUGUAUGAACUAUUACAGAAAACCCAACUCAAGUACACGUGGUUACAACUUUAACAUGUUCUGUGCCAAAGCAAGAAGUCUCUCUGAUGACUAGUCAGAGAACUAAGCUGAACACAAUCAUUCUUGAAAAGCACAAUUGCUGGAAAGAUUCUGUUAAAGCGGUGUAUUUCUUGAGUGAAAUCAAUAUUUCCACUCCUAUAGACUUUGAACAGGUGAUCACACAACUAAAUAAAAUUCUUUGUGGUGGGGACUGGAACAAUGUGUCUAAAAAUGGAAUGCUGUAAUUUUCAUAAUUUGAAACUGCCUGUUUGUUGAUGAAGAAAAGGCAUAUUUUGUUCUGUGAAGAUGAAAUACAGUAAUAAUGAUGGACAGAA